GUGGUGGACGCCAGUGAAUGCUGCCAAAUUAGCUACGUUGGGUCACUUGUUAUAAAACUGCAGGAAUUUCAGGGUUAUAAAAUGAGCGGCGACGAGAGCUGCAGCGAAAAGCAGACGCUUAAUCUGUCCAAGAAGCAGCUGAAGAAGGUGCCAAAACAGGACGAUGCCCAGAAUAUACGCAAGCUAAUACUGGACGAGAACGAGCUGCAGAAGAUUGACAACAUUGACUCAUAUCUGAAGAUCGAGACGCUGUCGCUGAGCAAAAACCAAUUGCUGCGCAUGUUUGGCGUCUGUCGGCUGCACUGUCUGCGCGAGCUGAACCUCUCCUUUAAUGGCAUACUGUCCAUUGAGGGCCUAAAGGAAUGCGUGCAUCUGCGCGUGCUUAAUCUGGAGGGCAAUAACAUUAAGACCAUUGAGCAUCUCAAUACCAAUGUGAACCUGGAGUGCCUCAACCUGGCGGACAAUCGCAUAGGCAGCAUCUCGGAUGUAUCCUAUUUGCGCUCCCUGCGUGAACUCAACUUGCAGGGCAAUCGAUUGACCCAUCUGCGCCAGUGCGACAAAUAUUUGCCGGUCUCCCUGGAGACAUUAACGCUGGCCAAGAACAACAUUAACGAUCUUAAUGAGAUUUGCACGCUGUCGCAUCUGUGCAAUUUGCAAAGCAUUACUCUCUCGGAGAAUCCCUGUGUGAACAUGACGAUGGGACCGAACAGCAGGGACGGCUUUGAUUACCGGCCCUUUGUGCUAAACUGGUGCAUGAGCCUCAAGUUCAUUGAUGGCUAUGUGGUGGAUCCCAUUGAGAGCCUCAAGGCGGAGUGGCUAUAUAGCCAGGGACGUGGUCGCCAGUUUCGCGUUGGCGAGCAGUCGGAGCUGGCCAAAUACUUAAGCCCCAUCUGUCCGCUGGUGGGCAAGGCUUUGGAGAACGAAAACGAUCGCAAGCUGCGUCUGAUAUUAAGCAAGGCGCAGCACCAUCAGCGGCAGCUGCAAGAGGAAAUCAUGGAUAAUGCAAACAGUUCGGCCAGCACAUCGCCGUCCUCGCAUCGCAAGAAACCAACGAGCCGCAUUCAGUCGCCGCGCUUUUCGCGUCUGAGCGGUCGGCAGGGCUCGCCGGAGUCCAUGGUGAACAGCUACCAUGGCAAUAGCUGCAACAACAGCAUCAGCAGCGACAAUGGCAUCUCAAAUCAUGCGCUGCAAAUGAGCACCUCGCUGAUUGAGAAUAUUCGGAACGAUGGCGAUAAUUUCUCGUUGGCCAGCAUGUCCGGCCUAUCCAGCAGCGUGACCACCAAAACCUACAACUCGACGGAGUCAACACCUCGCAACAUAACGCCAAAUCCCUACAACGAACAAACGUUUAUUGGGCAAACGCCUGUGGGCGGACCCUUGGCUGCUGCCUCAAAAAUGGUGCCUGUGCCGGAAACGCUAAUGAGUCCCGAUGUGUGUCCCGCCGCCGUCGCCCAGCGGGCAACAGUCACGGCCCUCAACACGCAGAUGCACAAAACCAAAGGCAACAAGAACAAAGAUAACAAACUAAAUUUGCCGCGCGUUCGCAGUCCACAGCUGCGACGCAUGCAGAGCCCCACGAGCAGUCCCCGCAAGGCGGAACGAAUACAGCAGCAGCAGCAGCAUCAGCAACAGCAGCUCCAGAUGAAUGCCACAUCGGUCAGUACAACAGAUGCUGGCGGCUGCAGCACGGACGACGACGGCGAUCAGAUCAACAUUGAGAAGCUAAAAACUAUACGUAAAAUGGCUGCGGAGCGUGCGCAGCAGCAGCAGCAACAGCAGCUGGACAACAAUAAUCUGAACUGCACAGAUCGUCUGAUAGAGCAUGUCACUGAAUCCUCCGCGGUGACCAUACAGAAGAUGUGGCGCGGCUAUCAUACGCGCAAGAAAACCAAAGAUAUUGCCGAGAAGCUACACAAACAGCGCACACACGAGUACAUUGAUAAACUCAACAAGGACAUGCUGCUGACCAAGGCACAGCUGCAGAACGAGCGCAAAAUCCAACAGCUGCAGAUGCAGGCCAUCAAUGCGCUGUGGAAAAAAGUGUCCACCAUGCAAGUGGAUCCCAGGGCUGGCGGCGAGCAUGGCGCCAAUAGCAGCGCUUGCACAAAUGCGGAGGAUGCUGGUGGCAGCAGCAGCAACAACAACACGAAUCAGGGACAACUGUGCCUGGAUCAGAACUCGGCAGCCGUUGUAAAUGAUUUGGCCAAGCGUUGCACAAUGCUUACGGAUCAGGUGCAGCAGCUGCAGAGCUCGAUUGGCACCAUUGUCAAUUGCCUGACCAUGGUCUGCAAUUUGCCACAGGAUGCGCUCAAGAAGCACAUCAGCUGCUCGGAUGGCGAGGAGGUCGAAUACACUAGCUUUGAGCCGCGUGACAGCAGCUCCACUCAGACGGAUCUGAUUGCCGUGCAUACGCCACAAUUUGAAGAUUUGAGCAAUUUUCCCUUUACGAAAGCCAGGCCAUCUACUUUGGCGCUUGCAGAGUCCAAGCACGAUGCACUGCAUGCGGGAAAAUUGACAGCGGAGCAGGAACAACAAGAGCAUCAGCAGCAGCCACCACUGGGCGAGACUCAAGAGGAGGAGCACAAGGAAAACAUCGAGAUCUGUGAUGCACAGGAGUAGGAUUUGCUAAGCCAAGCC